AAAUUGAAAAGUCUGCACAUUCAAUCACAUUGAUUAUUAUCUGAGAGGUAUAGUUUAUUUAUACAGUCAUCUGUUUUCUUAUAAACCAAUAACAGAUUAAAUAUCGUCAUGGAAACACGUUGUUUUGAUAUAGUCUCCUCAAAUGCCAUUUUUCAGUAAUGUAUGCCACGAUGGUGAAGUUUUCUUUCUAUACUAAUUUCUUUCAUUAGAAUUAAUCUGGGCAGCCAACAGUGUACGUUGUGAACUCCAACGGCAAUCGACAAUCCUCGGCUGAUUCCAUAAUUGUCGAGUGCACGAGACCUUACGAGUGCUCCAACGAAGGACAACUUAUUAUCUAUAAAUCAAAAAGAGUUAUUGAACUUGGCAUUUACCCGAAUAACUGUAAAAAAUUAUAAUAAGAAUUAAAAAGCUACAAUGAUUUGGCGGAAAAACAUCAAAACUUAGAAUUAGGCGUUUUUAGCAAAAUUUAAUAAGUCUCGAGUCAUACAUUGAAUGACGUGAUCUUACAGAUGUAACUAUGCAGACCAGGAAGUGUAAACAAGGUAAAUAUACCGGGAAUGUUUAAGAAUCCACGCAAGUUCAUUGCCGGAACAUGUACCCUAGGACUUGGGCCCAGGAUGUGUUACGAUGUCGUCUUUGUGAGACCCCGAGCCCCCCUAUGUACUGUGACAUUUGUCACAUACAUCUGUGUAAAGCCUGUGUGGGGGAACAUCUCUCUGAUCAAUCCAAAGAACACAAAGUGCUGCCAUUUGAAAACUGGGGAUCUACUCCCAAUUACCCCAAUUGUCCUAAACAUUCUGCAAAACAAUGUGAACUUCACUGUGAACAAUGUGACAUUCCUAUUUGUGCACUCUGUAAUUCUGGAGAACAUUUAGGACAUACACCAGUUGACAUUGUUAAACAUAUUGAAAGCAAAAGAGAACUUUUACAAAGAGAAAUGCAAGAACUAGAGAAAUUUAUUUAUCCUAAAUAUCAACAUAUUGUCUCUAACAUCGCAGUUCAGAAAACUGAUCUAAAUAAAAACUCACAGAAAUUGACAACAGCCAUCAAGAAACAUGGAGAAGAUUUGCACAAAGAAAUAGACACCAUUAUACAGAAACUGAAAUCUGAUCUUGAUGAAAUGGACGCCAAACACCUGGCUGUCUUAAACAAACAGGAAGAUGAAAUCACACACACCAUUUCUGAAAUCACACAGAGCAUUGCCGAUAUACAGAAGUUACUGGACUCCAAUGAUGUCAGUCGUGUCUCUGCUUACAAAUCCAGGAUUGCUGAAUUCAGAAGAUUGCCUCCUAAACUCAUAAUGUCCUUACCAAGAUUUACCCCUCUGAAGAUCAACAAGGAACAGCUUUCUCAACAGUUUGGUUCUCUGUCAGCGUUAUCCAUUAAAACAGAAGAACAAGUCUACAGACCACUCAGUGAUGUACCACAGGUAAUCACAGAAAUAAACACGGAAUAUGGAUACUCUAAUAGAUUAUGCAGUGUGUCAUGUCUGAGCGAUAAUGAGAUGUGGACGGGUGGUCAGGACAACAAGAUGAGAAAAUACAACUUGCGAGGGAAACAAGUGAAGUCUAUCAAAAGCAAGUCAGGGAACAAUCCAUUUGACAUAGCAGUGACAAGGAGUGGGGAUCUAGUUUAUACUGAUUACGGUGAUAGAACUGUGAACAUAGUGAAGAAUACACAGAUACACACAGUGAUCAGACUACAGGGAUGGAAACCCCGCAAUGUCUGUAGUACCUCCUCUGGCGACCUCCUGGUUGUCAUGGUCAGUGAUGAUUAUAAACAAACAAAAGUUGUGUGUUACUCUGGCUCCACAGAGAAACAAAGUAUUCAGUACGAUGACAAAGGAAAACCUCUCUAUUCAUCUGGUUACAUUAAAUACAUAAGUGAGAACAGGAACCUAGAUAUCUGUGUGUCAGACAAUAAAGCCUGUGCAGUAGUGGUGGUCAAUCAGGCCGGGAAACUCCGGUUUACCUACACUGGUCCUCCCUCUAUAACCAAAGGAUCAUUUAGUCCAUGCGGCAUCACAACGGACAGCCAGGAUCGGAUCCUGACAGCAGACCUUCACAACAACUGUAUUCACAUCCUGGAUCAGGACGGACAGUUCCUCCGCUACAUUGACAACUGUCAUUUAAAGUAUCCACAGGGUUUAUGUGUGGACACCAGAGACAACCUCUUUGUGGCUGAGUACAACACAGAAUCCACGCAAGUUCAUUAUCUGACUAUGGAUCCUGAGUGCAGCUUGCAGGAUGUGUUACGAUGUCGACUCUGUGAGACCCCGGGCCCCCCUAUGCACUGUGACAUUUGUCACAUACAUUUGUGUAAAGCAUGUGUGGGGGAACAUCUCUCUGAUCUAUCCAAAGAACACAAAGUGCUUAAAUUUAAAAACCGGGGAUCUACUCCCAAUUACCCCAAUUGUCCUAAACAUUCUGCAAAACAAUGUGAACUUCACUGUGAACAAUGUGACAUUCCUAUUUGUGCACUCUGUAUUUCUGGAGAACAUUUAGGACAUACACCAGUUGACAUUGUUAAACAUAUUGAAAGCAAAAGAGAACUUUUACAGAGAGAAAUGCAAGAACUAGAGAAAUUUAUUCAUCCUAAAUAUCAACAUAUUGUCUCUACCAUCGCAGUUCAGAAAACUGAUCUAAAUAAAAACUCACAGAAAUUGACAACAGCCAUUAAGAAACAUGGAGAAGACUUGCACAAAGAAAUAGACACCAUUUUACAGAAACUGAAAUCUGAUCUUGAUGAAAUGGACGCCAAACACCUGGCUGUCUUAAACAAACAGGAAGAUGAAAUCACACACACCAUUUCUGAAAUCACACAAAGCAUUGCCGAUAUACAGACGUUACUGGACUCCAAUGAUGUCAGUCGUGUCUCUGCUUACAAAUCCAGGAUUGCUGAAUUCAGCAGAUUGCCUCCUAAACUCAUAGUGUCCUUACCAAGUUUUACCCCUCUGGAGAUCAACAAAGAGAAGCUUUCUCAACAGUUUGGUUCUCUGUCAGCGUUAUCCAUUAAAACAGAAGAACAAGUCUACAGACCACUCAUUGAUGUACCAAAGGUCAUCACAGAAAUAAACACUGACUAUGGAGACUCUAAUAGAUUAUGCAGUGUGUCAUGUCUGAGCGAUAAUGAGAUGUGGACGGUGGGUGAGGACAGCAAGAUGAGAAAAUACAACUUGCGUGGGAAACAAGUGAAGUCUAUCAAAACCAAGUCAGGGAACAAUCCAUGGGACAUAGCAGUGACAAGGAGUGGGGAUCUAGUUUAUACUGAAUACAUUGAUAAAACUGUGAACAUAGUGAAGAAUACCCAGAUACAGGAAGUGAUAAGACUACAGGGUUGGAUGCCUCUCGGUGUCUGUUGUACCUCCUCUGGUGACCUCCUGGUUGUCAUGGUCAGUGAUGAUGAUAAACAAACAAAAGUUGUGUACAGCCAGGGUCGGAUCCUGACUGCAGACAGUAACAACCACCGUAUCCACAUCCUAGAUCAGGACGGGCAGUUCCUCCGCUACAUUGACAACUGUCAUUUACAGAAUCCAUUGGGUUUAUGUGUGGACACCAGCGACAAACUCGUUAUGGCUGAUUUGGACACAGAGUAG